AUGAAAUUUGGAUCUCAAAUACAAGACCGGUCUGUGCCGGAGUGGCGUUUGAACAACAUAGACUACAAAAGCUUGAAGGAGGCUGUCAAGAAAGUUACAACAUUCAGACCAGAUAAGGAAAUAACGGACAGCUGGGAAACAGACAAGGAAUUAAAAUGGCUGUACAAAAUUUUUGUGGCGCAGUUUCGCAACAUCAACGCCUUUGUGAGCCUCAAGAUCAAAGAGGCUUCCACCAGGUUGGUUUCCGUGCAGUCAUCGAUUGUCAGGUUGCAACAGAACGCUGCUGGACCGACGAAAAGAAACUUGCACAGACAGUUGGGACUUAUCCAUCUGCAUCUAAACAGCUCUAACACUGAGCUUCUGAGAAUAUGCCGUUUUCUGAUCUUGCAGAAAAUCGCACUUCGCAAGCUCUUCAAAAAACUACUCAAAUAUUAUCCCUACGAGCAAGCCAAAGCUGAAGGGCUAGUACAGGCACUGAAGACGUGUCCGGAGCUCAUAGAGGGCGAAGACGGGAUCGUUUUCACUACUGUCGAUCUCGACCCGUAUUUGCUCGAGAUUUCACUCAUAGUGGACGUUAUGCAGGAACUUGAGCAGGUACGAACAAAACAGGACCACAACGAUAAGAGUUCUGAGCAGCAUGAUGUCUCAAAAAGCAUGUCCACAGAGCCUGCAUCUCGGAAAUCCAGCUCUCAAGUGGAUUUCGAUGCCUCAUUCUUGGGCAAAGCUACCCGACUUCAAUCUUUCUUAGUUUCCGAAGAAACCGUUUCUCAAGCUAAAUUCUUACUGCUGCAGCUUGGGUUCCACGUUGUCGACGACGAAAUGCAUACUGUGUCACAGCAGAGUGUCCAAAACGCAAGUCCGACAAACUUGGCAAGCUUAGCUGCCACCGGAAGAUCGCCACGCUCCUUCCAGGACCUACGUUCAGCACUAGAGGCUGAUCAAAAAAAUGUUCAAGCCGUAACCGCAUCAGCCGAAUUCAAAAGUUCCCAUCCAGUGUCACUUACCCUUUUCGACACAGAACCGAUCCCAAAUUUCUUGGGUAAUGAUGCUGCGAACCAGUAUCCGAACAUUGCGAUCAAGUGCGCUGAUUCGGAAGAUUGCGUGUUGAUGUGCCAUGUUGGAGGGCUGAGAAAUCAUAUCCUUUCUGAGAAAAUGCCUUUUGAAGCAUUUCAAAGGGCUUUACAUGGUCAUUCGGUUGAACAUGACAACUCUUUGGACUUGACACCAAAAAAUAAGCUGUGUCUCGACUGGAUAAGAUCUCAUCCAAUGGAUGUGUGCAGUCCCAAAAUCUCAACAAAAAGAACGCGCUUCUUGAAACCACGGACAGACAAAGAAAACGAAUACCUGAUAUGCGUGGACGAAGAUAUCGUACUGAACCAAUCAGAGAAAGUACCACAUGCGCUUCUUGAAAUAAGGUCAUCUCCCACAAAUGUGGUCAUUAGAAAACCGAAGAGUGACCAAUUUAUCAUUUCUUUGAUCGAGAAAUUUUUGGAGUUCAACCUGCAGUGUUAUCCACUGGCCAAGGACCUAACCUUAUGGAAGUUGAUGUACAUGGUCCAGGAAUCCCAAUCCACCGAGUCUUCGUUAUUGUCCAGCAUACGUCACGAUCUAGAUCCGCUAACCAGCGAUAACUUCUUUAGAGCGGGUUCCACUGAGCUUGCGAGCAUAGUCUCUAAAAACGAGGAAAAUAAACCAGAGUUGGGUCGUAAGAAAACCACUAAUGCCUCCAAAAGUAGUGGUUCUGUAGCUUCAGGUACUUCGCCACUCAAAGUUAGAUACUGGAACGAGUUUGAUGACGGUGACGAAGCAGGUCAACACAUGGGAGGCUUCUACCUUGAUGAGGAAUCUCAAACUGAUCAUGAUGGCCCUAAGGGAUUCAUAAGAUUUGAUAAGAAUUUCGUCAACGCCGUUUACGAUUUAUCCGAAAAAUUGCGAAGUUUCCCGACAUUCACUCAAUCUGCGGAACAAAGACCUUUGCUGGUAGACAGUCUUCAUGGGCCAUCACUAGGAAGCGUCACCACAUUGAGCACCAUGGAUACCUCACAAAGUGCGAAGAGAGACUUUGACCGCUAUAUGGGAUAUACAGCGCAGCAAGAAGAGAGCGACUAUGUUUACGAAUUUAAACACGAUCACGUUGUCACUCUGUUUUAUAUGACUUCCCUACUGAUAUCCUGCAUUACAUCCGGAAUUUCUCUGGGAAUUGUGGUAUCCCUCUUCCGCGAGUUAAAUGAUGGGGGGUUAACGCUAGGUCCCACCACCACUGUGGCUAGCAUUAUCAUCAUGACACUACUACUUUCCCUAGUAUUGAGCUGUAUGAGUCUUCUGCUACUGUUCAGUCGACUUCAGAUGGCGCCAUGGUGGCACUACGUAAGUUGCUCCUUCAUCUUCCUCAUCGUUGCAUGUACCGUCUGUUACGGCCUGAUAGAAAUAUUUCUGUAA